AUGAACACGCCCAGCGCGGAUAUUAUGUCCUCGCCAGAUCCACUAAAUGAUACCGUUGAGCAGCCGCCUCGGAGUCAAAGCAAGACUCUAAGUGCUAUGCCUCCUUCAACCACGCGCAGAAUAGUACGAAGCAGUCAACGAUCCAGUCGAUUUUCAUCCGGAGGAUUAGGAACGUCGCCCAGGAAGCAGACUUUUGAACUCGAAGUUGGAGAUAAUCAGGCGCCCCAAAAAUUACUAGUUACGGUCGAGACGGAAGAACCAGUUGUGACGGCAGCACCGAGCAGCGCGCGUCGAAAACUAUUUCAAGAUAGUCCUUACUUGCCGGUGGCGCGACGGAGAGAAAUGGCGACCACUACGACCGUUCCGUUAAAACAAACGAUUGAGGACCAGGUGCAAGAUCCUGACGCGACUCCAAGAAAACGAGGUCGCCCGAGAAAAAACAAUGGUACACCUUUACCGAGCGCAGGAACAAAAAGAAAGGGAACACCAAUAGCAGGAAGCCCGCGACGGCGGGCACGUAUAUCACAAGAUACGGAUACGGCAGAGAAGGAGAAUACUCCACAGCCUACAACAGGCAAGAAACGACGAGGCCGACCCCCGAAGAAUCGAUCCAUUGAGCCGCCUAGCGAUGUAGGGAAGGAAAUAGAGGAGGCGACUUCAGAUCUGAAAAGCGCCCAACAAGACGUCCCUGUCGACGAUAUCACAUUCGCCAGCGAUGGAUUCGAUCUUCCUCCGAUGCGCGCCGACGACUCUCAAGCCGAUAACGACGUGACAUUGGUAAUCACACCUUCAGAAGCCGAGGCAAAUCAAUUGCGCGCAAACCGGACCACGAACAAUAGCGCGGCUGCCCAAACUUCAGAACCCGACUCGGAUAUCUGGAUGGCGACAUUGGACGAUGAACCAACUCCAAGACCCGCAAGUCGCGCAACACAAGCUGUGCCCGUUCCUUCGAGCCCAGAGCAUGGCCGAGAUGGCGAAUCAUCGGAUUUUGGAGAUUAUGGAUACGGACCUGCCGGGAGCGACGUUUCUUCUGCAGACGAGCCUCAAAGCGACACUCGACCUGGACCCGAAGAUACCGUUGCAGCAGGCGAAGACUUUAGUAUGAUUUUUAUGGACUCGCUCCCAUCGUUACAGGCGAGCUUGCGCAGUUCAAUGCAGGAACAUACCGAGAACGAUAUAGGCGAAGAGACGAGCAUGAUUAUUAACAAUACUUUGGAAUCGCUACGGCAGUCAUUACAGGAUCGCGAUAGGCCACAAACGAAUGAAGAAACUGCCAAGCAAGGGGAUAAGAACGAAGCACCCAAAGAAACCGCACCGGCAAAAUCCCAACAGGAUCUUCGACAAUCUACCAUUCGCCCACCCCUAACAUUCUCACCUAACCGUAACCUAUCUUCAAGGUGGCUUCAAAGCCCUCGGAGACCAGGCUCUUCCCCUUUGCGACACCAAGUGCUACUAAAGUCGAACGCGCCCGACGUCCCUGAAACCACUGGAUACCGUGGAUCUCCUCUCGCAUCCCACCGAUAUGACGCAUCUCACCUCGAAAACGAAGACUCAAACGCUUAUGACGAUUCUUUCUCAGAAAUCCCUGAUGCUGUACUGGAAGCAGCUACACCCCGCCGUCCCCGAGCGACUGCUAAGAAGGUAUCACUUGAGAAAGAGGAUAUUCAAAUGGAAGACGCACAACUUAUCGAGCUCGAAGAUGAGCCUGAGGAACCAGAAGUUCAAGAAGAGCAAGACCGAGGAGUUGAGGAACCAGAGGUUGAAGAGGAACAACGAAACGAGGCCAAUCCGACAGCAGCCUCUAAUGUAAGCGCCGUCUCUCGUUCUGAUGCAGGGCGUCUUCCUACCCCUGACGACACGCCUCCGAACAUUGGAAUUGAAAGUGACAACAAUCAGAAGUCAGCAACUGCCUCACGGAACUCUACCAGAUCAGUCUCAUCCAGGGGUUCUUCGCCGAGAAAUCGCACAACUAAACCUAUAAGCCAAGUUCAAGCGCCCCCGGAAAUUGUGCAUGAGAUCAUCGAUGAAAUCGUGGAGGAGCAGGCGGACAAGGGCGAUGAACUUCUGAUCGAUUUUGAUGCCCCUGCCCAAGAACCCGAUGACCAUUCGGAUCUGGAUGAUCAGGACCACCAAUUCUUGGAUGAGCCUGGUGAUCACUCUGAUGUGGAUGAGCAAGUGUUUGAGGAAACAGUUAUCGAUGACCCUGUCGUUGCGGAACCUGAAGUGGUACAGGAGCUACCUAAAGUUGUUGAACCACAACAUCCUCGGCUGUCUUUAGAAACUGAGAUCCAGCAGCCAGAGGUGACACCAAUGAAUCAGCUCACGUCGCCUGUUCAGGAACCUCAAUCUCAACCCGAGAUGGUGUCUGAGAGGGCCAGGCGCCCUACGCUGUCUCCUAUUGUUAGAGCAGGACGUGCUUUACAAAGCGUGACGUCGGAUCCUCCAUCACCUGAGGCCCGUGACCAACAUUUGCGCAGUCCCUUCAGGAGCUCAGCUAGCAGGGAAUUGGGACCAAGGGAGUCUCAAAGCAUGCGACGUCCGAGUGCUAGUCCCGGGAAGUCUCGUGCUUUCCCCGAGGUUGGCCAAAUUCCUCAGGGCGACGAGGCAUAUGAAGAUCCAUUUGGGACCAAUAGCAGACACACAGGACAGCAGAGUUUUAUGGAAGCUCUCGAGAGGAGCAGUCGCACUUCCUCGCCACGUCAUAGACGGACUGCAUCUAGAGAUUCUGCCGCCAGCUCGACGCGUUUCCAGGCCCCUAGUGAGGGUGGCAUGAGCUGGGUGCAGAACGAAGGCCCCAUUAGCCCCAGCCUUCGUGGAGAUGUGCCUCUUGAUGCCUUCGCGCGAACAACAAGACGUGAGGCCCCACCAAUUUCCCAUGGCCAGAUAGACGGGGUAGUGGACGUCCCGGAUGACGAGACUGAAGAUGCAGGCGACGAUAUGGAUUUGUGGGAGUUUGAGGCGCAAAGGUCAAGUCCUCGUGCAGCUCCUAAACCACGGGUUGAGAAAAAGCCAGAAUCACCUUACCGCAGACGGGGCAAAUUGCCCAGCCGGUGGGAGAGACCAGUUGCUCGCGAAACUCAGAGGGUCCCAAGUGAUGAGCAGCGAACGAUGAGCGAGAUUGACGAAAACGAAGGACCCAUGGAAGAAGACGUUGUGCCUGAGGCGGAUGCUAUGAAAGUUGCCCCUGCAGAACCGGCUCAACCAGAAGAGUAUUCGCUUGUUACUCAGAAGGAGGGUACUAAAGAACCCAGCCAAGCUCCUGCAACUGCAAAAGCGAAUCGAUUCGAUCUGUCGAACUUCUUCUCGUCUCCCGCAAUCAUCCCAGGAAUGUUAGAUAAGCUCUCACCUCUGAAAAGGAUGUCUGUCUUCGGGGCGCGGCCUGCUGAACCCGACCCUGAGCCUGUGAUGGAACAGACGCUACCGACAAGCUCCAUGUUUCCGCAAAUCCCCCAACAAGAGCUUGCGCCUCGAGGGCAGCCAAGGCUUGGUUUCUUCUCACCCGUCCGCCCAGCUCAACCCGCAUCGAGACGAGAACCCUCUGAACACUCCGAAGAAGAGACAUAUUCUCAGUCUAAUCAGUCGUCCCCAGCUCACCGUUCGGAGGCAUCUUCAGCACAUGAAGAGCACGACGUAUCGAUGCAGGAAAUAUCUGAACAACCAGAAGAGAGGGAACAGGAGGAUGAUACUGAGGAGGAAGAGCUAGAGGAGGAUGACGCGGAGGCGGAAGUUGAUGAUGAGAUGGAAGUUCAGCCUACUGAGCUGCCCUCAGUGCCUCGGAAAGCGAAUUUUACACCUGAACGUCGACGGCUCAAUCAGUCCUUCUUCAAGGCAUCAACUCAAAAUACUGUCCCUGAACCCGAACCUGAGCAGGAGUCUAUUCCUACUACCGGAGCACCCACUCCACCGCGGAUGCAGCUCUCUCACGCCGAUAUUCACAGAUGGACACAAGAGACAUCCAAUGCCAGUGAUGACUCUCCGGAACCAACCCCAGCUAAACCUGCUCCUCGCCCUGCUCCCCGCCCGCUUCUCCGACCAUUGCCCCCGAGAAACGCCUCUCCUACUAAAUCAAGUCUACGUUCUCCACUUAAACCUCAUACUCCUGGUCGUGUGGUCGAGUUUACGAGCAGCGUCCUCUCUCCUAUUGAGCAGGCCAAGGUCCGCCAUCAACGCCGACUCUCAAACUCUUCGGCAGGAUCGCAGGCUAGCAACGGUGCUCAACGGCCGCGUGUGAGACUACCGCCUCGCCAAACUACCAACAAAGAAAACAACACUUUUGAAAACCCUGUGUCUAAUUCGGGACUACCUAUAAAACAAACACGUCCCGAACCUCUGUCACAGACGGUCUGGACCCGAAAACAUUGGCUUCUGCUCGAUGAUCUGCUUCAAGAGCGUCGCCAAGGCCCUUUUAUCACAUAUUACGAGCGUUGCUCGGACAAGUAUCUUGGAAAGAUGGUUCGCAGCCAGGGAGAGGCCAUGACGCUGGAGCGUUGGCACCUGGACUGCGUCGAUGCCUUCAAGACCCAAGUCGGCGGCUGGGAUGAGGGGGCUCUGGCCAAGCGAUUGUUCGCCCUGAUUCUGGGCGAGCGGAGGAGAAGUCAAGAGGCUUCUUCCGGAACUGGACGAGUUAUGUUCCACUAA